AUGAAUCCAACUCGUUCUGGGGUGUCUGGUGCAGACGAUGGGGACUUUAAUUCGACCGUCGAUUCGGAUAUGGUUUCCAGUGAUCGAUCUGCUCCGACGAAUAUGACUUCCGAGAUCGACCGCCGAUUACAUGACGUGGGCGUUGCAGCUCUGGCUGCGGUGUCCCAGUACCCGCGUGCGGAGGAUAAUGCGCACAAUGAUUCUUUUAUGGUGUCCGAAGUCGUCAAUGCUGUUACGAGUGCUGGCAGUCCUCCAGAUUAUUAUCGACAUAUGGAGUCCGGGAGUUCUUUGAUGCCUGGACAUCGGGGUCAUUUUCAACAAUCGGGAAUGGGAGGUACCUCUUCGGCUGGACCGGAGUUUGUCUUUGGUUCGAACCCGAGUGGCGACGUCGACAUGGAAUCCAUUGUUCGGAACUUGAUUCACCGCACCGCCGCCCGGCAAAAUAUCGCCGUCGGCCCAGACCACGACGUCGAGGAUGGCCACAAGGAUAUGGUUAUGGAUUACGAGUCAACUACCAUCGAAGACAACCGGUCGCCGGAGUCGACAUCCGAUGAUGAGCUGGAAGACUUUCUUCGAUUCUAUCCUGAUGAAGAGGAGUAUUACUACCAGCGCAAGAACCGCCCGACGCAUGAAACCGAAAUGCCAGAUUGUGAUCUCGAUGAUUUUUAUAACAGUAUGAGCUAUGACGAUAUUGACGUGGAUCUCCCCCAGAACAUUGGUUUGUCUAUCACAGAACCUUUGCGGAACUACGCCGACGAGCAAAUGGAAUUCCCUGGACCACGUCCGGCAUCUAUAAUCCACACAUCUACCUACGAGCGGAAUCUCACCAUUGAUGAAUUCAUCAAGCACUGGAUGGUCUCGAUAAACACCAUUCCCCAUGGCUUCCAUACCGAAAGUCGAAUUCCACCCCAGCUCCGCCCACUCGCAAAGAUGAUUAGCUGGCAACCACCACACGAGGUUGUUCGACCGCCUAGAUGGAGACGCGAUUUUUAUGACCUGCAGCAGAUCCCAUGGACUGAAACUUUACGAGUAACACGGUCCGAUGCACGAGCAGUGCGCGACGCCUGGUAUAUCCCGUAUUGCAACAUGCAUUACUCGCAUCCGGGCCAUGCAAAGCGCCUUCCACAACAUGAAACCUUUUUCCGCGAGAGGUCCAUGCACACUUCCCACAAAGCGUCUAUUGAGCACUUUCAGCUCCGCAAUUUAAUGUCGACCCCUGCAUCUAAUACCGUCCACUUCGCCUCGCGCUCGAAAGUCUUUUCAUGGACCCCAACAACUGGUGACGCACGCUGUCUAAUCGACAUGAGCCAACCAGACCCAGAAUCCGGUUUCCUCGGCCCAGUCAAAAUCUCCACUAUGAAAACAGCACACGGUCUCACGAUCGCAGGCGGAUUCUGCGGCGAAUAUGCCCUACGCAGCACUAGCGGCUGCGACCCCGGCAUAAAAGGCCUAGUAACCCCAGAUUUCAACGACGGCAUUACCAACCACGUCGACAUAAUCCCCAACCGCACAGGUCCCUCGCCCACCGGCGUCUUCGCCUCAAACGACAGACAUCUCCGCAUCCUCGACACAGAAACAAACAUCUUCAUCUCCGACCAAGAACUCGCCCAACCAAUAAACUGCACCGCCACAUCCCCGGACAGCCGUCUUCGCGUCGUAAUCGGCGACUCACCAGACGCAUGGGUCAUAGAAUCCGACACAGGCCGCCCAGUCCAUCCCCUCCGCGGGCACCGCGACUUCGGUUUCGCCUGCGCCUGGUCCCCAGAUAUGCGCCAUAUAGCAACCUCAAACCAAGACAAAACAGUCAUCAUCUGGGACGCCCGAACCUGGCGUCCGCUCGAAACCAUCGACUCCGACGUCGCGGGCUAUCGCUCCCUGCGAUUCUCACCUGUCGGCGGUGGCCCACGCACUCUCCUCUGCACCGAACCUGCAGACCGCAUCUCUAUCGUCGACGCACAACUCUUCCGCUCAAGACAGGUACAUGAUUUCUUUGGUGAAAUCGGUGGUGCGGAUUACGCGCCUGACGGCGCCGAGAUCUGGGUUGCUAAUACGGAUCGCCAUUUCGGUGGAUUCAUGCAGUAUGAGCGGAAACAGUCUGGGCAGAGGCUUGGGUUGACAGAUUUGCCUUCUGAGUGGGUUACAGAGGAAGAGUUGGCGCUAGAUCCUAGAUGUGUUUUAAGUAAGAGGGAGCGGGGACUGAGGUUUUUGAGAAAUUUGUCGGAUGAGGAGCAUGAUUCGUUGAUUCUUUGA